AUGCGAGACAUGGAGCAAGAGCAAGUUCAUGCUGGUAUGAGCUAUAAAAAGCGCCGCGAAGAGCAUAUAUACGGGCCUCCGGUUCCGAAUUUCAACGAGCCAGAGCAUGUUGCUUCCCGCACCGGCCCGUUCGUAGCAGCAGCCCAGAUUCGACAGCAGUUGUACCGCAUGUUUCUCCGGCAGGUUGCCAAGCUUGGCUUCACGGCCAGUCACGGAAAGCAUGUCGCUCGAUACUUUGAAUUUGACGUCGCUGGCAAAGGCGGUGUCGUGCUCGAGAACGGUGAUAACGGGCUUGCCGACGUCGUUGUUGCCGCAGAUGGGUUGAGAUCGAGAUCCGAGUUGCAGGUCUGUGGAGAAGAGCCUACGUUCCCCAGGUCCAGCAGCAUGUCUGUUUAUCGCACAUCGUUUCCGCGAGAGAUGGCCAAGAAGGACGAGUUGGUCCGCGAGGGAUGGGGUGAUUUGGCUACAACGUGGGUGUACUGGCUUGGUCCCAGAAUGCACAUUGGUAUCUGGAUCUCGGACGACCUCGUGGGAUGGGGAUUCACGCCGCGAGACGAGGUGGGAGCACCAACGGAGACCAGGGGCCCGGACAACGGGGUAGAAGAAGUCGUCAAGGCUCUGUUGAGAGCCCCUGACUGGGACCCAGCUGUUGCAGCCCUCAUCCGCGCCUCGCCGGAAAAAGGCAUCAUCCACCGGCCUCUGCUCUGGCGCGAUUUGCGUCGGGAAUGGACUUCUCAUGGCGGUCGUGUGGUGCAAGUCGGCGAUAGUGCUCACAGUCUUACGCCAACAUCCGGCAACGGGGCGACGCAAGCUCUUGGGACAGCCUCCCGCUGGGUGCUCCUCGGCAAAAGCGCGAACGCCAAAGAUCUCGAGCAGCUUCGAAACAGCGUACAUCUCGGCCCAGUACGUCUGCGGAGUGGCUUUGUCGCUUACCGUUGCAAGGAGUUGGCCCUCGGGAGCCGACUUCUGGGGCAAUGUGGUGUGGCCGUGUGCGGCAGAGCUUGCGUAGGCCAAGUCUGGAACCGGGCUGCCGUGGCCUUGAGCUUGGGCAUUACGAGGGCGGCGAGGAGGAAGGUCGAGACGACGUUGACCACCAUGGACGGUUCGUCGUCUUCGGUCGUCUUGUAUUUGCCCGGCGCGAUGCCCGCGUUGGCGAGAAACAUGUCCACUCGAUCGAGCUGCUUGUCGAGCCGGUCUGCAAAUUUCUGCACGCUCACGUAG